GCUUCAUUUCACUUUUUCACGUUUUCCUUGAAUUACUCCCUGCCAUCUCUCUCCCUUGAAGAUGUGACGUUUUCCGCUGUCGCCGCCGCCGCGGCUCGCGUUGCACGAGCUCCCUCCGUCGCCCUCAUCACGUUUGCUCCCUUCAAUGCCAUCGUCGUACGAGCUCUCUCUGCCGUGCUCUUGUCUUAUGAGCUCCUUCCGCGCCACUCUCGUCGCCGGAGGUUUGUCAUCAUCUCUUCUCGUCGCCGUUAGUUCAGGGAAGAAGAAAGAGCGGAAAAGAAUGGGUGAGGAGAAUAAGGUAGUUGGAGAAGGUGAGAAGAAGAAAGAGGAAAGUGUUGGUGCCACUGCUAUUGUUGGUGAUGGAGAGGAAGAAAAGAAUAAGAAGAAGAAGAGUAAGAAGCAGGGGUUAAUUUCUCGAAUUUGGAACGGGAUAUUCAGAAGAUGUAGCGAUGAUUUCGAAAAGAAGCUGCAGUAUAUUUCCAAAGAGGAAGCUGCGGUUAUGGCCAGGGUCAAUGGGAGAAACUAGUCGUGGCGGAGAACUUCGCGCCAGAUCAUCAUAAUUUCUGUUAUAUUUGAGGUUUUGCAAUCAUGACAACUAGAUCAAUGGAUAUGAAUUGGAAGAUGAGAGCAAUCCGGGGGGUUUUUUUUUUGUAUACUAUAGUUCACUAAGUAUUGGUAUCAUCACCAUGGUGGGUGUCACGCAUCUCAUGAUA